UCGGCCCAGCCACAGCCGGCCGCGACGUGGCAGAAGCCCAAUCCUCGUCGCCUCCGAGAGGGGAGGGUGAGCGUUGUGUACGGAGGAAAGAAAGUAAAGCUAGGGUUUAACACCAACUCAGCAGAGCCUCAUCCUCCAGUUUGGCAGCUCAGAGGGCCACUUCGAGAAUGGAGACAUCGCUCAGAUACUGGGGUGACUCCAAGUCCCUCAGAUUCCACGCAAAGGAAAAGAUUCCAAUCGAUUCCAAAACCCGCCUGCAGGUUCAAGGGGAGCUGGACACGAGAAUCGGAGCCCCGACUUUCGUUCAUGCGAUGAUAAGACGCUUCUACCCUGAUAUAUCGGGUAGCCUCGGUGUAGGCCUGCUUUAUGAGAAGAAUGGGAAGGUCCGGUAUACUGUACGUGGGAAGAAAUCAUUCGAUGUGACAUCGGAGGGAGCUUUGGCCUUCAUUGUGAAGGCACGGUCCGAUGUUGACCAAGAGUUUGGACAGUGGAAGUCGAGGGGAGCGGCAGAAUUCGCUCUGAACAUUAAGGAUUUCCAGAAGGAUCAAGAUGUCAGGGUCAAGGUUGGUCUUGAAGUGUUUGAUCAGCCUCCCAGAAAAGACACAAAGGAGAAGCAGAAGCCCCUCCAGCAAAUUGUUCCUUACUUGCAGAUCAGGGAGAACAACUGGACGCUCAAUGCAGAUGUUAACGGCAAAUGGAACGUGAGGUACGACUUGUGAUAUCGUAGAGCUGACAUACUCUUCUUCACGAGUUUGCUCGUCCUUGUAGUUGUUCUUUAAGCUCUUAUUCUUUGUCUCUCUUAAAUCCACGGAUAGAUGAUGUCAGAAGCGCUCUGUAAUAAUUCAUUAGAACUGUGUUGCAUUAAAAAUUCAUCCCUUCAGGAAUCCUGCAAGCUCAGAUCGGUUUCUAUCUGUUGAUUCCCUGAGGUCUGAUCAUGUCGAUGAAUCGAUGCAAUGAUAGAGAUGCCGUUUGUUGAAA